UAAACUAUUUAAAGAAACUUUUAUAAUAUCAUUGAAAUGCUAAAUAGCCACACUCGAUUAUGUACAGAUCAACGAUUAAUAAUUACGCGGUGUAUUUCACCAGGUGUAGCAUCGAACAAAACACAUCAAUCACCCCCAUUAAUGCACAAAACACAUCAAUCACCCCCACCAAAAUCCCCAUUAAAAUAUCCACAUUCCCACUGCACAAAUUUUCUUUUUACUACACUCAGAAAUAAGAACUUGAUUAUAAUUUUCAUCCAUUUUUUUAGAAAAGAAAAACAAAUAUUAAAAAUAUAAUGCCGCCGGAAAAGAAUCCCACAGAUUCACCCACAUCGCCGAUUCUGUCAAACAAUCCUCAACAUUUUAACAAAUCGAGGUUUAUCUUCAUUUCAAUGGCGGUUUUUCUCUCCCUCGCCAUUCUCUCCUUAAUCCUCUUCAUAUCCAUCUCCUCCUCCGCCGUCCGCCACCCCAACGCCGCCGCAGCCGGCAGCGCCGGCGCCGCCCCGCAUUCGAACCAAGAAAUCAUCAGCCUCGCCUGCAGGGCGUCACGUGACCCUACCACGUGCCAAGCCUCCUUAACCCAGUCGAAUCGCGUGCCACCAGACGCCACCGUCUUGCAGGUGAUCGAAUCCGCCGUGUGGGUGGCGUCGCAGAACCUUAAAACCGGUCGGAAGAUGGUGCAGGAUAUCCUGGACUCGUCCGCAGGGGAUAAAAACCGGUCGGUGGCCGCGAAAACCGGGCUGGAGGUGCUGACGUACGCCGAGUACCGGUUGAAUCUGGUGGACGGCGCGCUGACACGUGGCGGGUUCAAGGACGCGCGUGCAUGGACGGGCGCGGCGUUGGCCUACCAGUACGGGUGCUGGUCGGGUUUCAAGAGCGUGAACGACACGCCCCUCGUGGGCCAAACGAUGUCGUUCUUCUACUACUCGCUCAUCCCAUCCACCAGCGACGCGCUCGGGAUGAUGGUCAACUACGACGUUUACCGCGACGGAAUCGGGUCGUGGGGCCCGCCCAAAACGGAGCGGGACGGGUUCUGGGAGCCCGGGUCGGACUCUCCCGGGUUCGUGGGCGGCGUGCCGCCCGGGCUGAAGGAGAACGUGACGGUGUGCGGCGGCGGGGGUGGGUGUGAUUACGCGACGGUGCAGGAGGGAGUGGAUGCCGCCCCGGAUAAUGACGGGUCGGGUAGCCGGUUCGUGAUAUGGAUAAAAACCGGGGUUUAUGAGGAAACGGUUCGGAUUCCGUUGGAGAAGAGGAACGUGGUUUUCUUGGGAGAUGGGAUGGGCAAAACGGUAAUUACAGGUUCCCUGAAUGUGGGGCUACUGGGGGUGUCCACCUACAACUCCGCCACUGUCGGUGUUCUUGGCGAUGGAUUCAUGGCGAGUGGACUCACAAUCCAGAACACAGCGGGCCCCGGUGCUUACCAAGCCGUUGCAUUCCGAUCAGACAGCGAUCUCUCGGUAAUAGAAAACUGCGAAUUCAUCGGGAAUCAAGAUACCCUUUACGCCCACAGCUUACGUCAAUAUUACAAGUCGUGCCGCAUCCAAGGCAACAUCGAUUUCAUAUUCGGAAACUCAGCUUCCUUCUUUCAAGACUGCCUAAUACUAAUCUCCCCCCGCCAAAUCGAUCCCGAGAAGGGAGAGAACAAUGCGGUCACCGCCCAAGGCAGAAUCGAUCCGUCACAGUCGACCGGAUUCGUAUUUCAAAACUGCGUAAUCAACGGCACGGAUGAUUACGUGGCGUUGUACAACAGCAAUCCUAGCGUGCACAAGAAUUACCUAGGUAGGCCUUGGAAGCUAUAUUCUAGAACGGUUUUUAUCGGUUGUACUUUGGGGUCUCUUAUUGCACCCGAUGGAUGGAUGAUUUGGGAUGGCGAUUUCGCGUUGAAGACACUUUAUUACGGUGAAUUUGAGAAUAGUGGGCCCGGUUCUGAUACGAGUAAGCGCGUUAAUUGGAGUUCGGUUAUACCGGCGGAGCGUGCUUACGCGUAUACGGUUCAGAAUUUCUUACAAGGCGAUCAAUGGAUUCCUGCGUCUUCUUGAUUGCACAUAGUAUUUUUGUAAGGAUAGAAAUAUUUUUUUUGGCAGCAAUUUAAGUCAGAAAGUUUAAUCUGCAUGACUAGUUUAUCUUAAGUUAGAACAAAUUUAGGCCGGAUGUGAUUUCGGGAAACUAGAUAUUACACUUGGUUAUUUACACUAAUUCAAUUUGAGUCGUAGAUCUACACAUAAUCACGCACACACCCAUGUGUAUGUGUGUUUACUGGAUAGUUAUUUAAUCAAAUUUACGAUUCAAAUCCACCCAGUGUAAAUAACCAGUUGUAGCAUCCAAUGAGAUCCUUUAUUUAGGACAAUUUAUGAUUAAAGUUGUUGGUUUUUUAUAAUGAUUUUUAUUUAUUUA